AUGUUUAAUCAACAAGGAAAUUCAAAUCAAGACAAAAACGAACAUUUAAUUUCAAUGUCUAAACAAAAUCAACAACAAAAUUUAAACAAUGAAAGUUAUGGAAAUGAAAAUUUUUUUGUUCACCCCCACCAACAACAACAUAAUUUUUAUCCAACUCCAACUAGUUUAUCUUCAUCUCUUGGACAUAAACGACAAUUAACUGAAGAACAUUUAAAUCAAGAAGAAAAAGAGAAUUGUGGAAUUCCUUCCAAUAAACGUCCUUAUUUAAAUACCCAAAAGAAUUUAUUUGAAAAUAUCCAGUCCUCUGGAUCUGCUGAAGAAGAUGCGGAAGACGAGGAAGAUGAAGUUGAGGAUGAGAGUGAAAGUAGUGGGGGACUUCGAUCGGCUAAAACUAGCAGUAGCUCACCAGAAUGUCCUCCACCAAUAAAACUUGAACAACAUCAAAACACUUCCGCUUUACUUCAAAGUUUAAAUUCUUCAGGUAAAGUGUCAAAUUAUAAUCAACUACAACAAUUUCCUAUUUACUCUACACCUCAACAACAAUAUGGAUAUCAUAAUUUAAUUUCUUCGACUGCUUCAACCUUUCCAAAUUUUGGAAAUAUGCAUUCUGCCCCACUUGCACAUUCAACACCUUAUAAUUUUGAGCAAGCUACGUUGCGAAAUUUGCAACAUGCUGCGAUUUGGGGUCAAGGACUUGCUGCUGCAGCAGCUGCUGGGAAUUCAGUUUUCCCAUCAAUUCGUCCACCAAAUCGCCAUCAAUAUAACCUCUCAGGAGCUCAAAGUUCCUCUACUGGCGGUGUUGGUUCUUCUGAAAAUAUUCAAAUGACUCCUUAUGGGGUAUAUGGAUAUCCUUCUAAUUAUCCCCAGCAAAUGCUCCAAAGUGGAUUAUUUGUGUCUGGUGGUCAGCAACAAAUAAUUUCCUCUCAAUUAAGCAAUUCUUCAACAUUUAGCAAUGCUAGAGAUAGCGGUGUUGCAGGAAUUGAAAGAAUAAUUAAAGAUAUACAAAAGAAUGAAAGUAGCAGUGGAGGUUCUUCUGAAGAAAGUGCUUUAAGUGGUAAAACAGGCCAAAGUCUUGAUUUGGCUUUUAAUGAGCCAAAAUUCCCGCCUUAUAUGCGAUGGAUUACUUAUAAUGGAGAGAGACAAUUACUUGACCUUGAAAUGAUUUUUUAUGAAAAAUCUUAUCCAAUAUCGUUAGCUGAAUUAUGUAGAAGGUUGAGUAUGCCAGAAUGUUUGAAUACCUCUUACUUGAGUGGAAUUCUUCGAAGAGCUAAAAAUAAAAAUGGAGGUAAAAGUUUGAGAGAAGAUUUGGGUAAAUAUGACUGUGGUUUAAAUCUUCAACCUGGAAAACGAAAAUCAAGUCUAGUAACAGCAUUAUCUACACUCUGUGAAAGAGAGGCUAUUCAAUUGGCUGAAGAUUUUGAUAAAUUAGUUAAAGACCCAAGUAAUGGAUUCCCUCAUCAUCAUAUAGCUAUGGAAAUGCAUCGUCGAGGAAAUCAAAGUCUUGAUGAUAUUAAAAGCUCUAUGUUGGUAUUUAGAAUAUUUCAGGAAUUAAUUCUUGAUUUAAAUUUUUGGGGAAUUUAUGGUAGUUGGUUUCUUUGA